AUGCUGUUCUGCAAUGGAUGGACAGCCAAUCGUCUCUAUAAAGGCUCCAGGCAUAAAUGGCGGGUUUCACCUCGUAAAACUUUAUGGCCAUUUGGCUUCCGACAUUUUUCAUCCAAAAGCAGAUUAAUAAAAAGGACAUUAUGGGCAUACAUGAAUGCUCCUGGUAAUAUGCUAUUUGUUACUACUAAUGUCGCUACCUUGUCUGGUUUAUACUGCUAUUCUCUGAUGUCUUCAUAUUCAAGGCAUCGUUAUACGAUGAACCAUUCAGAAGGCGAACUGCCGAUCGACGAUGGUUACUAUGACGAAAUUCCAAAGCAUAUUUCUGAUGCCUGUAAUAAUAUUCAAGACUUCAAGUCGGUUUCUACUAUGAUAAGCGAAAACUCUGUUAGUGCUGGGACUAAAUCUGUUGAUGUUAAUGUUAAAUCUGAGGAUCUUAGCGCUAAAUCUGAGGAUGAUAAUGCUAAAUCUCAUACCACUAUUGUGCGUCCUUGGAACGUAUAUCGUAAUCCUAUGGACUGGAAACAUGUGGAAAGCUCAAGUUGCACUUCUCGGUUUCUAAAGAUGACGAUAUUCUACUUGAUCUACUCCUUCCAUAUCUAUAAGAGUGUGUUACAAGAUCCAAAAUAUGUGAACAGUAACCUCUCUAGUCAGAAAAGAAAUCUUACAACAUGGUACCAAAUGGUGCGAUGGUUUCGAAAAAGGGUGGAUAAAGCUACGCUUGAGGCUUUGCAUAUUGGUAGCGAUUUUGAACGUAAAACUACAAUAGCAAGGUUUUAUUAUAAAUGGUUACAUGAGUUUAGGUUUGUUCUUAUAAAUUCGAACAAAGCUCAGCAAUUCAAACUUCCUCCAUCGCAGGGCUUUCCUACUGAUCUUAAGCGCAUCUGUAGGCUACUGGAAGAGAAUCCCAUGGAUACAACGGGUCACUUCAUAAAUCUAAUGCAUCGUAUCAAAAGCGCCGACGAGAAGAAAUUACUCUACUUAUGGUAUCUUGAUUAUGGAAAAUACUUAGUCAGCGCUGGUGACGUCGAUUCCGAAGAGGUUUUCAGAAGUAUGGUGAAUAUGGUCAACGGUAAUGGGCCAAUACUAGAACAUUAUGUUACUACAAUACUUAAUCGUGAUGAUCGGUACAGAGAGGUAUUUUUCAAGCAUUAUAAGAAUCAUAAUAUUUACACGGCAUCACUGGAUUCGAUUCUUACCUUGAUUAAGGCAGUAUAUGAGACUAAUAGUCCAAAUGCAAAGGAAACUAUAAGGUCAAUAAUUUCUAUGGUACGACGGUACUGCUUUAUAAAUAAUGGAAGUAUUGUUCGAAUAUUUCUGCCAAACAACGAUGAACAGGAAGUCAUAGCAAACCAAGUACAUGAACUGAAAAAGAUGGAGGCAUUCCAAUCUAUAGCACGGAAUGAAGAUGCAUAUUUAAUGAUUACCCGCACGUUAGGUGAUUAG